UCUAUUUCCAUCGCCAUUCGCGUACGCUCAGGAACAAUAACGCUUAAAUUUGCAAUGCAAAGUUCUUGCAGUGUAGCUAACUACAGACAUGGAUAACCGACGAUGCCGAUGCGGCAAAAUUUUUUAUUACCCGUGUCGUACGAUCGUGGAGUAUCUGCGCUUUUUUUCCUAUUCUCACAUUGCAGGCAUUCGGUAAAGUGUUGGCAACUUUGAAACGUCAGAGGUGCCUGCGUUCAUGUUCCGUGAUCCCAGGAAUGGUCCCACCUCGACCAUCCUUCGUACAUUUAUUCCCCCACCUAUUCGAAGUCUGGGUCCUCCGGGGUUUUCCAAUAAUCUGAGUUUGUUUUCCUUGAGACCCCGGUCACGUUGCAUUGAUAUAAAUCAAGGUAGGUUUUGCGAUAAUCGUGCAGAGUUGCGAGAACCGUCGACGUCCAGAGGUGAAAACGAGAGAUAAGGUUUUCCGAAGAAGUUUGGCAGUGCAAAUUGGUAUCGAAGACUUCCCAUCGUUCCAAUACCUGCAGAGUCGUACAAUAGAGAUCAAACGUCUGUUAAAGUUUCUUCGAAUACGGUGACAAACUACCGAAAGCUCAUCAAUUGCUCGAUUAAAAGAUAAAUAAAUCUGAGUAAAAUCGCCAAAAAUGGGUUACGAUGACGUUAUUUCACACAUGGGAGAAUUCGGACGAUACCAACGUAGGAUAUAUUUCACUUUGUGCCUGCCAGCGAUAUGUUGCGCCUUCCACAAGAUGGGUGGAGUAUUUUUGGCGGCGAAAACAGACUUCAGAUGUAUGCUACCAAACGAGAAUCCAGAAAAUGCAACGUUCUAUCUGUCACCGGACAUCAUAAAUAUGAGAUACCCGUGGGAUAACAAAACUGAAAGCUGGUCACGGUGCGAGAGAUACGAUAACACUGAAUUUGCCGAUCAAGGUGGAAAUGUAUCAAGGCAACUGACCGUAGUGGAAUGCGACUCUUUCGUGUAUGACAAAAGUCAGUACGCGCUGACGGCAACAACCGAGUGGAAUCUGGUUUGCAACAACGGGUGGCUAAGGGCCAUUGGUGACUCAAUUUUCAUGGUUGGAGUGAUGCUGGGUUCGAUGAUUUUCGGCGGACUAUCCGACAGAUACGGUCGCCGUGCUGCCUUCUUUUCAGCAUUGAUCACGCAACUGAUCGGUGGAAUACUCGUUACCGUUUCGCCGGAGUACGUUUCGUACAUGAUCUCAAGAAUGAUAGUAGGAUCGACAACGAGUGGGGUGUUUUUAGUAGCUUACGUUAUCGCACUCGAAAUGGUUGGUCCAAAGAAGAGACUGGCAGCUGGGAUGGGAUGUCAACUAUUUUUCACAUCGGGUUACAUUCUGACAGCUGGACUUGCGUACUUUUUCACGAAUUGGAGAACGUUACAGGUAGUAUUCACCAUUCCCAGCAUCGUGUUCCUCGCUUACUGGUGGUUUAUACCUGAAUCUGCCCGAUGGCUGCUGACCAAGGGUCGAGUGGAGGACGCUAAGAAUCUGCUUCAGAACGCGUCGCUGAAAAAUGGGGUUGCACUAACUCGCGAUACUUUGGACAGUUUGAUAAACAGUGAAAGUGACACGUCAAAGCAGGAUAUUGAAAAGGCGUCGAUGUUCGAUCUCCUAAGAUAUCCAAACCUAAGGAAAAAGAGCCUGCUGCUUUUCUUCACUUGGUUCGUGAACAGCUGUACCUACUACGGACUAUCCUGGAACACUUCCAACCUCGGUGGUAACGAGUUCGUCAACUUCGGCAUUGCUGCGUCUGUGGAAGUGCCGGCCUACUUGUUCCUGCUAUUCACGUUGGACAAAUGGGGAAGAAAAGUCAUACUCUGCGGAUGCAUGCUGAUCGCUGGGAUAGCGUUGCUUCUUACGGUGUUAGUUCCUGCUGGUAUGCCAUGGUUGGUGGUAGUUUGUGCAAUGUCGGGGAAACUAGCGAUCACCUCGUCGUACGGUGCAGUCUACGUAGUAGCGGCAGAACAAUUUCCUACCGCUUUAAGAAAUAUCGGUCUUGGAGCAUGUUCGUUUUCCGCUAGAAUUGGCGGGAUAAUAGCACCAUACAUUAAUCACUUGGCUGAAGUAUGGGCACCAUUGCCACUUGUAAUUUUUGGCUCAUGCUCAUUCCUCGCCGGCCUCCUGUCACUCUACCUCCCAGAAACAUUGAACGCGAAAUUGCCUGAGUCUAUACAGGAUGGCGAACACUUUGGAAAGAAGAAAACCAGGAGUCCACAAGGCGUCGAAAAAUUGAAAGACAUUGAAGUCAUGAAGGCGUUAACAUUGCCGUCAAAGAUUGUUAUAAACGAGAAGCAAAAUACAUUGUAUUAAUCUUUUAAA